AUGUUCACUUCUAUCAAACAUUUAACCGUUGUCUCCCGCCAUAGCAAAUCACUCUCCCUUUUCUCUUCUUCUCCCACCACCAUCACCAAUUCCUUAGCCAACAAUUUCGUCUCCCCUGCUCACCAAACCCUAUACCACCUCCUUGAGAAAUGUCAAUCAAUGAGGAAACUAAAACUAAUUCAUGCCCAAAUCAUCCUUCAUGGACUCCAUCAAGAAACGCUUACGGUUAGCAAGUUGAUUUCUUUCUGUGCUGUGUCGGAAACAACCGAUCUACAGUAUGCACAGCUUGUGUUCGACCAUUUGCCUCAAACAAAUCGAUACAUGUACAAUAGUUUGAUCAGGGGCUACGUCAAUACUGACAACCCUAUAAAAGCUCUACACCUCUACCAUCAAAUGAUUCGUGUUGGCAUUUCACCAAACGAAUUCACAUACCCUUUUGUUCUUAAAGUGUGCGCAGUGCUAUCUAGAUUAUUAGAUGGGGUUCUAGUGCAUGUCCGUAUUAUCAAGCUUGGAUUCCAGUUUCAUGUUUAUGUGCAAAAUGGGCUGAUUAGUGUAUAUUGUAGUUGUGACUCCAUUAGGGAUUCAAGAAAGGUGUUUGAUGAUAUGGUUGAUAAGAGUUUGGUUUCAUGGAAUACAAUGAUUGGUGGGUACUCCAAGAUGGGCUAUUGCAAGGAGGCCUUUUUAUUGUUUAGAAAGAUGAGGGAGCUAGAUGUGAAACCUGAUGACUUCACAUUUGUUAGCCUACUUUCUGUUUGUUCACAGAGCUCACAUGGAGUAUUGGGAAGAUCUUUACAUUCAUAUAUCGUGACUACAAAGUCCCACAUUGAUAUUUAUGUCCAAAAUGCUAUUGUGGACAUGUAUUCAAAAUGUGGAGAUCUCCAUUCAGCUCAAACAUUCUUUGACCGAAUGUAUGACAAAAACGUGGUUUCAUGGACAUCUAUGGUUACUGCAUAUGCUAAACACAGUCUACUAGACUCAGCCAAGAAUCUUUUUUAUCAAAUGCCAGUUAAAAAUGUGGUUUCUUGGAACUCAAUGAUUUCAUGCUAUUUACAAAAAGGUUGUUAUAAUGAAGUUUUAGGUCUUUUUGAUGAGAUUUUGAAUGUAGGACUAACUCCUGAUGAGUCGACUCUGGUUACUGUCCUAUCAGCUUGUUCUCAACUUGGUGAUUUGGAAAAGGGGAAGAACAUCCAUACUUAUAUAUCCUCCAACCACGUAACGCCAAGUGUCACAUUGUUCAAUUCGUUGAUAGACAUGUAUGCUAAAUGUGGGAUGUUAGAAACUUCUUUGAGUAUCUUUCUAAAGAUCCCAGAAAAGAAUCUUGUUUCUUGGAAUGUCAUGAUUGGAGCACUUGCUUUACAUGGACAUGGUUUUGAAGCAGUUGAACUUUUUGAAAGUAUGAAAGUUUGUGAGAAUGGAAUACAGCCUGAUGAGAUCACAUUCAUGGGGUUGCUUUCUGCUUGUUGUCACAGUGGUUUAACAGAAACAGGUAAAUAUUACUUUGAAAGAAUGAUUCCUAUGUAUAAUGUACAACAUGAAAUCGAACACUAUGCAUGCAUGAUUUAUCUUUUUGGGAGAUUAGGACUAUUUCCAGAUGCCAUAAAGUUAAUAAAAUCAAUGCCAAUGAAGCCUGAUGUUGUAAUCUGGGGCGCCUUACUUGGGGCUUGUAGAAUCCAUGGAAAUCUUGAACUUGGGAAGCAAGUUUUAAAACAAGUAUUGGAGUUAGAACCAUAUACUUCAGGACUUUAUGUUCUUGUAUCAAACAUGUUUUGUGAAGCUAGGAGAUGGAAAGAUGUAAAGAACAUAAGGAAACUAAUGAAGGAUCAUGGCAUCAAGAAACACAAAGGUGUUAGCUUUAUUGAAGUUAAUGGAGUUUCAUAUGAGUUUAUGGUUGAUGAUCAUAGAAAUGAGUUGUCAAACGACGUGCAUGAGUUGCUAGAUCAAUUAACAGAUCAUUUGAAAUCAUCAGGGAUUGAACAAUUUGUUUAA